AAGGCUCACAGGUGUGUUAAUCAGCUGAUUAGUUGUGGGGUGGUGGGAGACUGGUAAGAGUUACUUUAAAACUGUUGUGCUUCUGACCUACUCGAGCUAACACUGCAAAUGUGGCAUUUGGGAAACUGGAGAGGCAGCCGAUGCCACCAAAACCUGCAGUAACUGCAUCUGCUAUACGCCACCGAAAGUAUAUAGAACGUGUAAAAGCAGAUCCACAGCAAUAUCAGGAGUAUCUUGAAAAGCAACGGCAAAAAAACAGGGCACGUAAAGAAGCUGGAGAAUUUAAAUCCAUAAAAUCGAGGUCCAAACGGAUCAAAAGCACUCACCGAAAUAAUUAAACCAUUACUAGGACUCACAGACCAACACUGCAAAAACUCAAAACAACUGGCAGAAGAACUAAAAAACAUCAAAAUGCAACAAGACGAAGUUUUCAUUUCACACGAUGUCAUAUCUCUGUUCACCAGAACACCCACGGAAGCCACCAUACAGAUAGUACAAGAAAAAUUAAAAACAGACAGGAUGCUCAAGAAACGCACAAACCUCACUGUACAAGACAUCACUCAGCUCCUUCAAUUCAUCGCCACAUCCACAUACUUUCAGUUCAGGAACACAAUUUACAGACAGAAGGAAGGUUUUGCCAUGGGAGACCCACUAUAAGCCAUCAUGUGUGGCUUUUUCAUGGAAGACCUGGAGCAGAAAGCACUCACUACAAUACCAGCGGAAUACAGACCAACACUCUGGAAACGGUAUGUGGACGACAUAUUGGAAAAAGUAAAGAGGGGACACACUCAACAACUCACCGACCAUCUCAACACCAUAGACAAUACCGGCAAUAUAAAAUUUACACAUGAAGAGGAAACAGAGCAGUCAAUAGCAUUUUUGGACUUAAAAAUACAUCACACAGAAGAGGGGGAUAUCAAAAUAAAAGUACACAGGAAACCCACACACACCGACCAAUAUUUAAACUGGACUUCUGAACACCCCAUAAUGCACAAAAUAUCCGUAGUUAGAACAUUACAUGAACGCACAGCAAUAAUUACAGAUGCACAGGACAAAGAACAGGAAGAACAACAUAUACAACACGCACUGAAGGCAUGUCAAUAUCCACAGUGGGCAAUAUCCAAAGGGGCGGAACAGGUCAAAAACAAUAAAACACAGAAGAAAGAGAAAAAACAAAUCAACAAACAAGAACACAGGGGAGUAGUGACAUUACCAUACAUCAGAGGAAUAACUGAACGCAUUCAAAGAGCAAUGAGGAAACACAACAUUAACACACCUGUCAAACCACACACAACACUCCGUCAGAUCCUGGUUCAUCCCAAAGACAGAAUACAUCCGGACAACAGAUGCAACACCAUAUAUGAGAUUCCAUGCCAAUUAUGCAAUAAAACUUACAUCGGGGAGACAGGAAGGAGUUUCAACACAAGGAAAAAUGAACAUAAGAAAGAGUGCGAAAAGGAGACAGCUACAAGACAAACCCGAACAAUAAAAGAAAAGGCACAACAGGAAAAUUAUAAGUCAGCCAUAACAGAUCAUUGCAAAAGGGAAAAUCAUAUUAUGGACUGGGGGAAUGCCAGAGUCAUCCGCACAGAAGAUAACAAACAUCAGCGCUGGAUCAGGGAGGCCAUGGAGAUCCGUAAGCGAAGCCCGAGGACCAUCAACCGAGAUGAGGGAGCAUACAUGCUCUCCCAUACCUGGAGUGCCAUCUUGCAGGGGACGAACUGACAGUAGAAGGUGUGACCGACCUGUCAAUCCAGACAGGAAGGCCACGCCUUCGGAAACAUCAGCUGAUAAAAGAUGCGUCACCAAUAACAUCCGGUGACACUCUGAGGAAGACGACAGUCGUACGUCGAAACAUGUCAGCAUGCAUGUGCGAGAUCUUCUUCGGGUCUUAAGCGGUUGGCAGCCAGCAGCCUUCAGCGCAUUUGACUGAGUGAGAGCAGCGUACUCAGCCAACCAUUUUUUUUUUCAGUGUAUCGUACCACAAGCAUUGACCUGAUUGUCCAGGGAAACAAGCCUUUGGGGCAGGUACAGUCAGAGCAAACAACACAUACUGGCUGAUCAUCUGCACUGUAUAACCAGUGACCCUUAUGGCAGGUUCACCCUCAUACUGGACACUGAAGCGAAAAUCCAAGUAGGUGCAGCAUGUACUUGAUUGUUGUGUUUGAGGACAACAACCAAACCAGCCCAGUGGCCAAGGAAUGGUUUUCAGGUGGCCUGGCAUGGUGGCCGCCAUAUAAGGACCAAUUUCAGAUCCUAAGAGCAGUUCAGAAGAGGGUCAUGCCAGACCCAGCAAAAGGGUGGAGGCAGUUCCGCGCUCAUGUACUGUAUGAAUCAGACUCCAUUCAAACUAUCCAGUCCAAGUGGGACAAAGCAUGCAUCACGUCAGACUUAAAUACAGAUGUUGAAAUGCAGGAGAAUCCAGUUAGAGAACAUAAAAGACCAAGACGGCUCAGAGAGUCAUCACUAUCUGAGGAGGAGGAUGAUCCUGAACACCUAAGAAGACCUCCCCCUUUACCUUUGAAAAUUGCAAGACCAAGAGAAGAGCCAACUUACACUGAACUCUCAACAGUAACUUGCCUCAGUGAUAUGGAGGCUGAAGGACCACUGCACCACACUGAUCAACAGCAAACCUGCCUGACUGAAAUCCCCCGGCGUCCCCAAACCUGCCUGACUGAAAUCCCCUGGCGUCCCCAAACCUGCCUUCCUCAAACCCACCAGCUGAUUCCAGCUACCUGUACUGAUCUCCAAGUUGGCUGUCACUGGUGGAACCACUGUAAAAAAGAUGGUUUGGAGGAUAUGCCAAAAAGUGUUCUCAAACCAACUUGCCACACAACUAAAUUGGUGUGGGAGAGGAAAUAAAACCGGUAUUAAAUCCAGACCUGUAGCUGAAAUGCUAAUAUCAUCAGUGCACAAAAACAAUAACAGUGUCACCGAGUCGGAUGUGGAGAAGGAGGUAAAAAACUGGCUCUGAUUGAGCGGGGACCGGUUGGAUGGCUGCCGUCGACAGCGGAGGACCCAAACAACUAGAAGAGAGGAGAGAGGGCUGCCAGCUUGCAGUGACUGAGGAUGGACAGAGACUUUCUAUACAUCAGUGUUUGUUUAAGUUAGAGGCCUGUGUGUGUGUGUGUGUGUGUGUGUGUGUGUGUGUGUGUGUGUGUGUGUGUGUGUGUGUGUACACUCUGUCCAUAGCCGUUUAAGUUACGGGGCUGUGUGUGUGUGUGUGUGUGUGUGUGUGUGUGUGUGUGUGUGUGUGUGUGUGUGUGUACACUCUGUCCAUAGCCGUUUAAGUUACGGGGCUGUGUGUGUGUGUGUGUGUGUGUGUGUGUGUGUGUGUGUACACGGUCUGUGUGAGUGGCUAUUUAAGUUAUAAGCCAGUGUGUCCACUGUCUGUGUCCAUGGCCGUUUUAGUUAGAGGCCUGUGUGUGUGUGUGUGUGUGUGUGUGUGUGUGUGUGUGUGUGUGUGUGUGUGUGUGUGCGUGUCCUGUCUGUCAGUGGCCAUUUACAGUAAGUUAGAGGCCUGUGUGUGUACACUGUCUAUGUGCUCAUCACCAUUUAGUUGGAGGCCUGUGUAACAGGUUCAGUAGAUCCACUCGCCAUUGUGUAUAGUAAUAAUCUGUCACUUUAAGAACGCAGUUAGUUAUGGGAAUUAUGUGUUGGGGCUCUUCCCUGUUUGUUUUUCAAAUGUAAUUAUCAAUUCCCCUAUAUACUGUAGAGCCCAGUUUUUCAAAUACAAGUGCCAUUGCCAUUGGACACUGCCACACCAUUCACAAAGUGCCUUUGUUUUGGACCUGCAGAAUAAAGACUGCUUACAACACAAUGCAAUGACUUCUGUUACAUU